AGAAGGUCUUUUUAUGUUUUUUCAGAAAUGUCCUUCUCAAAUCGGCCAUCAACAGUGAACCUGAACCUUCCUCCACGUAAACUUGUGAAUCUACGUGGUAUUCAGGAAGGCAUACGUCGCUUUUCAUUUUUCCUGGAAACUUGUCGACCCGGAAGCUACCCUGACCCUCCACUUCUUGCUGCGUUGCUUGAUCUAAAAUCACCUGUGCUUGCUCGUGCUUCACUUUUACUUGAAUGUGCCUCUUUUGUACAUCGUUGUAACAAAGGUGACUGGCCGGAAUGGAUACGUUCUAGUAGCGCUCGUCAAUUCAGCGGUUUCGCUAGUAAUAAUCCAUUAGGAAAUCGCGGAACACCUAGUAGUACACGCCGUAUGCAUUUAAUCCAACGUGCUGCAGGCCGUUGCUUCUAUCAGUGGGGAUGUCAGCUCAGCAGUCGACUUUGUCGAAUAAUGGAAACUGGUGGAGCUGUCUGUCACGGAGUUCGCCCAAAAAAACCAGAUACCCAUCGACGUGAUUUAAUCAUCUAUGACGAUUUAGAAGAUUUCUUUGACGAAGUUUAUUAUAAUGAACUGAGGAAACAGUUGAGAAGGCUUUCGAAAUGCUCUGAUAGUUUUUCAUCUUCAGGAAUAGUGAACGAUGAAAGCGGGGAACGUUGUCCACCUGCACUUUUGUUCCUUGCUUGCAUUUUGCUUAAUGAAAUAACAGCUUUCUUGCGGGAAACAUUUCAAACUAUACCAUUAUCACGUGGCAAUAAAUCUACUUUGAAUACUUCAAACUGGGAAAAGUUAAUGUCCAGUCGUCGAUGGUCCAUACUUUCGAACACGUUCAAUCCUCAGCAGCAUCAGCAAACACCGACCAGUGUUCAAAGUAUUGUUGAUGUGAAUCCGUCAAUUCAUCAAGGUGAUCGUCGAAUCAGCUUAUCUACAAAUGACGAAGAAUCAUCAAGAAGUUCGCAUGAACCACCUGAUGAAAACGUUUCAUUAGGAGACAAAAAAGGUUGGAGAUUAACACAGGGCCGUCAGCGGUUGUUGAGGUACGGUUCACCGUCUAAUACUGCAUCACAGCCUUCUGAUACAAUGGAGAAAAUUCACCGAACCACUAGGAACUUGAGGUCUUCUAAAGGUGUACUCAAUGAGGAUGAAAAAGAUGGUGCUGCUGAUAUCGGAAUUAAACCUUUUUUGAAAGAAAAUUUGGUAUUAGCUACUGGUAUAGUGGUGUCUGGAAGUAGUGGUGGUUCCGAACUGAAAGAAGCUCGAAAGCAAUCAAAUGAUACCACAGCGUCAACAGAAAUUGGUCCAAAAAUGAAUACAGCAACGUCAGUGCCAUCUUCGACUCAAGGUAGUACCUCACGGCCAAAUGUAUCUCAUUACUCCCAAUCACAACAAAAUUUUGAUGCUGAUGAGGAGUUAAUGUGCAAGAAUUUACCUUGGAUAAAGACUGCAAUAGAUAUGGCAAACUCGUUUAAUUUAAUGUGUAAUCACGAAAGGGUUUGCCAUCCAUGGUGUUUCGAGCGUGUCUAUCGACAAUGUUAUCGUUUGACAGAAGCUCUACGCAAAGUUUAUGGUGAAAAAUUACCAGCACCUGGGCAUUUAGAUAAACGUAAAGCAAUGGUUGACGCCUGGUUAAACCGUCAGGAAAAUAUUAAAAAAUAUACUCAACGGCUUUCGGGAUAUGCCAUAAAUCGUCGUGAAAGCGCUGUUGUUCGGCAAGGAGCUAUGCUAGAUAGAUCCUCGAUGGCACUUAGGACUUUACUAAUUGAAAAAUUAGGAGAAUUGGAGGAGAACAAAGAAGGACGAGGAAGAAAUAUCAGUCUUCAGGAUUCAGAUGAACAAAUCGAAAUGAGUCAAAAUCCGGCAAACACAUCGCCAUCACCCAUGUUGUCAUACAUAUCUACCCAGGUCUUGUGUGUAGCCCAUGCACCAUUUUCAACCCUUCUCAAAAGUUGUCUGAUAUUACGCGAUGAACAUUUUCGAGAUAUGCUGGAUAUUUGCUGGUAUUUACUAAUACAUCGCGAUAAACACAUUGUUGCUUCAGUUGCAUCUUUUUUCAUCGUAUCUUCUGUACGUAAUUCCGAACAAACAGUUGGUGUGAUUAGACGCAGUUUGUCAAGUACUGAUUCUAAAGUACGGACGGAGGCGUUGCGGCGUUUUCAUGCAUUGUGGCGCAAUCGAUUUCAUGUUUGGCUUAAAAUGGAUGAUGGCGCACAGUUGGUCUUCAAGGUCCCACCACCUGGAAUAGAUUUCACAUUACCGUCACCACCUAUUGGACAGAGUCACAUAACAAUUGCUGACCCUCCAUGGAUGCCACACGAGAAGACCAAAGUUGAGGAGCUAUGUUUGAAAGAGGAAGAGCAAGCAACGAGUCAGACAAUAAUGACGAUGACAAGAACACGUCGUAAACAGAAAGAAGAGAUGGUUCGUCGAGCGGUUCAUGAGUCAGAGGAACAUGAAAGCGGUUUGCGUCAAAAAUUUCCGCUGCGUGCCACAGCUAUCAUACAACAAGCAGCAUAUGAGCCUGCGCUGUUUCACCACCAGCCACCUCAAGUUAUUGCCGAUUCAAAUGGAGAAGAAUGCGAUAUGCACGUGAGUUCUUCUCGACAGCAAAUGCCAGUGGCGCAGCCACUAUUUCCCUCUUCUAUACUUUCUGUAGUUCCCACAAUCAUCGAAAUGUUAGAUGAUGUGAAACUGGACAUUUUCGGAAAAUCCGUGAGUGAUGUCGCAGAAAAAAUUAUAUGGUCAUGUAUUGUUGAAGAUCCUGCAUUAUUUUUUCGUCAUUUCUUAGAAAAAAUUACGAAUCGUACCCGCCAGGCAAUUCAUAAUUUAUCCAAUAACUUUCAGGAGCAUUUGAUUUCGUUGAUGCGCAAGAUGAUACUGCGAUUUCAACCCUUACCCUGCCAAACUGCGUAUACUUUGAUGAAUUAUUUUGUACGUUUCGCUUUAUCAAGUCUUCAGUUUGGUUUUGUGAUGCAUUACGUACGAACUCCGUGUGAAGGAAGUGACCAAGCAAUAAGUGCUGCUUUGAGUAUAGCGUGGCUUAUCGCUCCACAUGUUCAUGGCUUGUACUUUAAAGAUUUGAAGCAGACACUGAAAAAGGAACAGUGCGAUCAAGCAUUAAUGAUCACAGCAAAUGUUCCGUCAGCAAAAAAAAUCAUCGUUCAUGGGCCAGAAAGUGGAUCAGGUGGCAUUCCAUCUCAGUUUCCGAUUCAUGAAGAUACACAGUUUCAACAGUUGCUCACUGACAGCUUGGAAUUCUUUAAUAUACAUGAAAAAGAUGUGGAAUACUACUUUUUAAUUGAUACAAAAACUAAUUCAGUUCACAAUCCCUCUUCCUAUGUUAGGGAUUUUUACUUUUUCCACCGCUCUUUCUAUCCACAGCUAACGUUAAUUAAAAUGAAUCCAGAUGAAGCUCAUUUCCGAAUGCGUCAAAUGGCGUUUAUUCAAAAGUUCAUUGAAGUGGGCAAAGUAUUGUUAACACACAGUGCUCUCGUUCACAGUUCAGAAAAUGUGAUUCCACAACGAAUAUUUUUCUUGCAUGACGAAUUCACGCACUUGCCAUCGUUUCCACGUAAAAGUUUAGAAACAUGUUUCGGGAUGUACGGAGGUCCGUUCGGUCGUGAAUUGUAUUCAAUGGAUAAUAUGCAUAAAUUUGUUUGGGCCCUAUUGAUGUCGGAUAUGAUUGAAAAAAUGGAAAAUGCAUUUAUGUUUGGUGAUUUGCAUUUGUUUAUCAAUGUUAUUAAUGGAAUUACUUUACUACACUGUGAAAAUUUUACAAUUUUACGGCGAUGCAUGGCCACAUACAUUUCUAUGGCCAUACAUUUCAGUACUCUUUUCGCCAGUGAGGUAAUCUAUACGAAUGAUAACGGAUUUGAAGUUAAUCCCAUGAAGGUGAAAGCCAAGUACUGGUUCAAAUUAUUGCACAGCAUGGAGAGUAUGGCAGAUACGAACGAUCCCAUUGAUAUCUUGGGUUUAGUCAACGAAGCGAAACCACUGAAAAGGUUGUUCUUCUUUUCUGCUUUACUGAUUCUGGUGCUGGAUCGUACUCCUGUAUACUUUUUACGCGUUUAG